CCUGACAAACAGCAGCAGGUCCAGGGCUGCCAGUGUUUGGAUCAACCCCAGCGUGUCUCCCUCGCAGCUCUCCGUGGGUCGGUGUCUCCUGUCCAGGCUCGUCUCCACCGCGCUCCCCUGCAGUAUUAUGCGAGCAGCGUCCGGCGGGUGGGAGCACCGCGACCAGUGAGUUUACCUGAAUCAUCUAUAUGGGCCAUUUUCUUUCGAAAAAUGGUUUACGCCUGAAGAAGAGGACGCGCAAGUUACAUCACAGGAAGAAGAAGAAGAGGAACUGUUUCCUGCAGGGACCCUGCAUACUCUGUUUCCUUGUCCAAAGCAACAGCAGUGGUUUCGAAGAAGACAACGACUACCUGGAGGCCGGCAUUAACGGGUGUUGUCACAACUCCGUAACUGGAAUCAGUGUCCCAGGCAUUGGAGAAGUCAGCAUUGGAGCAGCAGCUGCUUCGAAGCUUGCAGAGCGCUACACGGCUAUUGCAUCUGCUGAAGACUGCUCAAAGUUCCUGUUGUCACCUAGAGAAUUAACUAUCUGGGAGAGUCAAGGGAGGAGCAUUUUGUCAGCGGUUCCUGCCAAACUGAUUCCACCACCCGCUGUUUUCCGGACCGCAGGUGUGUCUGUGACUGUUCCCGUACCCGUACCCGUACCCGUACCCGUGCCUGUGCCCAGCAGCCCCAGCGACUACACUGAAAUGGUGUGUAAGAGGAAGUGCUCCGAGGUGCAGAGGUGCACCCCUUGUAAGCAGCCGCGUUGUGCCUUUGCCGUUCCCGACGGAGGGCUGGAGCAUGGAGGAAUAGGAGGAGGAGAGACCGCUUCCAACUCUGAAACCGGCCACUGCCACCUUCCCCUCUGCCCAGUUCCCUCCUCCUCUGCUUCCUCUUCCUCGUCCCCUGCGGAUGGCUGCUGUGGGUUGGGGCUUCAUGCUGAUUCUCCCAACAGUUCAGACUCGUCCCCCUGCUGCCUGCACCAUUACGAUGACUGCCAGGCAAGAAGUUCUGAUGCUGCUGAUCACUUGAGUAUCAACCAUCUGCCUUCCUCCAUCCUUCUAAAGGUGCUGUCCCACCUGACAGUGAAGGAGCGCUGUCUUUGUGCCUCUCUGGUUUGUAAGUACUGGAGGGACCUCUGCUUGGACUUCCAAUUCUGGAAACAAAUUGACCUCAGUGGCCUACAACAAGUCAACGACGAUCUCCUCGUGAAAAUAGCUUCUCGGAGGCAGAAUGUGACGGAGAUAAACAUCUCAGAUUGCAGGGGCGUCCACGAUCAUGGUGUGUCCUCCCUGGCCUCGUGCUGUCCAGGCCUGCAGAAGUAUACAGCCUAUAGAUGCAAGCAGCUGGGGGACAUCUCUCUGUCGGCUCUGGCAUCGCACUGCCCUCUCCUGGUCAAGGUGCAUGUAGGAAACCAGGACAAGCUGACAGAUGCAGCAUUGAAGAAGCUUGGAGCAAACUGCAGUCAGUUGAGAGAUAUCCACUUAGGUCAGUGCUACGGCAUCACAGAUGAGGGCAUGAUGGCCUUGGCAAGAGGAUGUCCUAAGCUGCAGAGACUCUACUUGCAAGAGAACAAAAUGGUCACAGAUCAGUCGAUGCGGGCGGUAGCAGAACAUUGUCCUGAGCUGCAGUUUGUUGGCUUCAUGGGAUGCUCUGUAACUUCUCAGGGAGUCAUCCAUCUGACCGCGCUACGUAACCUGACUGUUCUGGACCUGCGGCACAUCUCCGAGCUCAACAACGAGACAGUGAUGGAGGUGGUGAGGAAAUGUAGCAAGCUGAGCUCCCUGAACCUCUGCCUCAACUGGAGUAUUAAUGACAGGUGUGUGGAAAUCAUUGCCAAGGAGGGGAGAAGUCUGAAGGAGCUGUACCUAGUGUCUUGUAAAAUCACAGACCACGCUUUGAUAGCCAUAGGCCAGUACAGCAGUACCAUAGAGACUGUGGAUGCCGGCUGGUGUAAAGACAUCACGGACCAAGGAGCAACACAGAUUGCUCAGAGCAGCAAGUCCCUCCGGUACCUCGGCCUCAUGAGAUGUGACAAGGUAAACGAGGAGACCGUGGAGAGGCUGGUGGUGCAGUACCCUCACAUCGUGUUCAGCACAGUUAUGCAGGACUGCAAGAGAACCCUGGAGAGAGCUUAUCAAAUGGGCUGGAGCCCCAACACGUCAAACUCUUCGUAGCUCCUGCUCGAUUUCUUUCACUCGCAGACACAAACGUGCGCACGGAGAAAACUUGUUCUUUUUCAGACACCCAUAGACGGUGUGUGCUGCUCCGUCACGUUUGCCCGUCAUUUACUGUUCCAACAUGCAUGUGGUCAUGUAGCUACACACUCGAAAGACAAAGAUCCAGUCCAUCCUUCAUGUUCGAUACUAAUCUCCUUGUUGGUUUGGUUUUUUUUAUAGUUAAGUGAGACAUCUUGCACCUGUUAGAUUUAGGUUUUAGUCAGAAACAGAGUAGCGAUUAUCAUCUUCUACAGUUAUUUAGAUUACUUCUACACACACGCGUUCUUCAGACCAGAAUGUUGUUUGGUGCAAAGCAGCACGUGAAUAGGUGUUAUUAGAUUUCUGCUAUAAGUCAUAGCUAAGAGUAUGAAGCGCCCUUUUGUUUUUUGAGGAAGAGAUGCAAGAGUGAGGAGUUGACUAGUUUUGAAGAUGUUUCUCUAUUUACAAGGUUUAGAAAAAAGAUGAGUCAGUAAAUCAAAGACAUUCAGCCAUAGAUUGAACAUCUUUUUAUUGGAAAAUAGAUAAGAAAAGGUUUGCUUCCCCGUAUGGAACUGAUGUUGAAGGACAAAGCGCCACAUCAGCCCAGCUGCUGCCCCCGACUCCUGCAGUGAGAUGCCACACGAGGACCGGGGGGCGUAGAGAGAAAGAGCCGCCAACAUGUGAUUACUUCAGUCCUGAAGACACGUUGAAAUGCCAAGGCUUCGCACAUCACAUGAGCCACUUUUGUUGUUGUUGUUUUCCUCUUAUGUUCAUGACAAAAAAGUCAAAAAAAAAAAAAUAAUUCAAAUGUCCUCUCUUGGCUGUUAGAACAGUGUUUAAGGUAUUUAUGGUAAGAUUGUUGGAGUCACUCAUGUGAAGGGCAGAGCUUCUCUCUGCAUCUCACCGUCACAAAGAUGAGCAGACGCGUUUAUGGCCGGAGAAAAAAUGCACUGAUUAUACUUUAAAAGUGCAUGUUUAUAUUCAGAUCAUAUUUUUCAGAUGGUUGUGGAAAGUUUAUGUUAUGAAAUCAAAACUACGAUCCGUGUGGCUUGGGAUCAAUGCCUGCCUUUAUAGCCCUGCAUAGAUUUACCACUGACUGAGCAUCACUUUUCAGAAGAAAUUUAAACAGUGCUUGAAAUAUAAGUUGCCUUUACCCAAGCGUCCUGGGUUAUAUGAUCAGGAUAUUAACCACAAAUAAGUUAAGGAAAAGUAAGAGGAAGCAUUAAGCCUUAAGUAGUUAUUGUCAUCCUAUAAGCAAAUAAAAUCACCUUUAUUAAAGAAAUAUUUGUCUGACCUUAGUUUAUAUACAUAUAUAUUAAACCAUAUUCCUAUGAUGUACAAACAUGCACAAGUUUGUUCAUAUACAUGUGUGUAUGUGUGUGUGUAUAUAUGUAUAUAUAUAUAUAUAUAUAUAUAUAUAUAUAUAUAU